CCUAUAUUUGUGCCUUUUUUUUCUCUUUGUAUUUGUCUCUCUUAACUUGAAAGCUGGGAUUAUCCCUACUCCGCCAAGGACCUGAUCUUUAAUCCGCUUGGCAAGUCUAUCGAGCUAGUGUGCAACGCUCUAGGCAUAAGGAGAUUUUUCCAGUUCUUCAUUCUCUAUCUUGGAGUGACUUUUGGGUCUCAGCAUUUGCUUCAUCCACAGAAAAGAAACUUACUGUUGCCGAACAAGAUGACAACUGUUUGCCCAUUUGCCAAAGCUGGUCGUCCCGAUGAUGCUGCUGUUAAGAAAUGUCCAGAAAACCAAAGUAAACCGAAGUGUCCCUUUGGAUAUGAUUCUGACACAACUGCUGCAGGAAAUGAGAGCAAGCCCAAACAAGAAUCUGGCGAAUCUGCCCGCGUUACUCCCAAGUGUCCCUUUGGAUAUGAUUCUGACACAUUUAAACUGGGCCCUUUCAGCUGUAUGAUUUGUCAAGCACUUCUUUUUGACUGUAGCAAAUGCAUUCCGUGUUCCCAUGUCUAUUGCAAAGUAUGUAUAUCACGCCUCAAGGACUGUCCAUUAUGUGGUGCUGACAUUGAGAAGAUAGAACCCGACACAGAUCUUCAGAAUGUUGUUGAUCGUUUCAUUGAAGGUCAUGCAAGGAUCAAGAGGUCUCAAGUGAAUGAGGACAAAGAGGAAGUAGUGGGUCAGAAGAAAACAGUAAUAUAUGAAGAUGUGUCUCUCGAGCGUGGUUCUUUCUUGGUGCAACAAGCCUUGAGGGCAUUUCGUGCAAAUAAUUUAGAAAGUGCAAAAUCAAGACUUAGUCUGUGUGCUGACGACAUCAGAGAGCAGUUGCAAAGAAUUGGGAACACUGCUGAAUUGUGCUCACAGCUAGGAGCAGUUUUGGGCAUGCUUGGUGAUUGCUGUCGUGCUAGCGGAGAUGCCGCCUCUGCUAUCACUUAUUUUGAUGAGAGUGUUGUAUUCCUUUCAAAAGUGCCUAAAGAUGAUUUGGAGGUUACGCAUACUCUAUCUGUAUCACUUAAUAAAAUUGGAGAUCUGAAAUAUUAUGAUGGGGACCUGCAAGCUGCCAGAUCUUAUUAUUUCCAGGCUCUGGAUGUUCGUCGUGAUGCUAUCAAGCGUCAUUCUAGCAUUCCAUCUCAGGGCAGGAAACGUAUUUUGGAUAUAGCUAUUUCCCUUGCAAAAGUUGCAGACGCGGACAGAAAUCUAGGAAAUGAGGAUGCAGCAAUUGGUGGAUUUCAAGAAGCCAUAAAAUCACUGGAAUCUUUAACAUUAAGUUCAGAAGAAAUUGUCCAACAACAGAAGCGCCUCUCGGUGCUUGAGUUUCUAAAUAAUCAACUCAUGAAUAAACCUUCCCAGUGAUGCUUCAUUGCACGUGCAAGAAGGGAUGAGUCAGGAUGUUCAUGUACUGCAUAUGCUUGAGCCUCCUGUUGUAUAUCUGCUGCAAGUUCAGUUUAAGGACAAGCAUCACCUGUACAUAUCUUGAAUAAGUUAGGUUCCAACUCACACUCAUUUUCUAACCGAACUUUUGGAGAAGACCAACGUGCUUUCUUUCCUGCAACUGUGCUAUUUGUACAAAGGCACUGAAUAAGAGAGAGCUGUACUUUCUUAUGUUGAAUGAGAUAUGUUCGUUUCCACAGCACGGCUUGUACUUCCGCUAGAUGUAAUGAAUUUUCAUCAGUUAGCCAUAAUGAUACUAUACAGAACGUUUAUGUGUUCAUUUA